UAACUGAGUUGUGAGUCGGACUCGGAAGGGGAAGGUGGCCGUACACCUGCGUAUGUAUGAAGCGCUGAUUCCUUUCCUCUCUUUAAAAACCCUAACAAGUCUCCGUUUCUUCAUUUCUUCCUGUCUCGUCCUCGCAUUUUCCUCUUCUCUCUCUCUCUCUUCUCGUUCGUUUGUUCGAUUCCCGGUAAUUUUUACCGUCGGGAGGCAGAACAAGCAACUGCAUCGCCGCCAUGAAGGUAAUAGACAAGAUCCGGUCGACUGUCGGUGAGGCCAAUGGCGGAGCGGAGAACGGCGGGAACCACCACAACAACAACGUCGCGUUCUCCUUCGAAUUCUUCCCGCCGAGGGCGGAAGGCAUGGCGAAGGUCCUCGAGCUGAUAGAGCGCAUGGUGGCGUACAGCCCGACCUUCUGCGACAUCACCUGGCGAGCCUCCUCCGGCGACGUCUCGCUCGACAUCGCCAACAGGAUGCAGAACUCCAUCGGGAUCGAGACCAUGAUGCACCUCACCUGCGCCGAAAUGCCGGUGGAGGAAAUCGACCGCGCGCUCGACACCAUCAAAUCCGGCGGCGUCCAGAACGUUCUCGCCCUCCGCGGCGACCCGCCGAUCGGCCAGGACAAGUUCGUCCAGAUCCAGGACGGAUACUCCAGCGCUCUCGACCUGGUGAAGCACAUGAGGUCCAAGUAUGGGGAUUACUUCGGCAUUACUGUUGCUGGUUAUCCAGAGGCUCACCCGGAUGUGAUCGGAGAUGAUGGUGUAGCCACGCCGGAAGAUUACCAGAAAGAUCUUGCUUAUUUGAAGCAGAAGGUUGACGCUGGAGCAGAUCUGAUCAUCACUCAGCUGUUCUACGAUACCGAUAUCUUUCUCAAAUUCGUCGAUGACUGCCGCCAAAUUGGAAUCACUUGCCCAAUUGUGCCUGGCAUUUUGACUAUUACCAACUACAGGUCAUUCCGCAAAAUGACUGGAUUAUGCAAAACCAAGAUCCCAGCUGAUAUUCUUGCUGCACUGGAGCCCAUUAAAGACAACAAUGAAGCUGUGAAAGCAUACGGAAUUCAUCUCGGGACAGAGAUGUGCAAGAAGAUUAUGGCUCAUGGGAUUAGGACGCUGCAUCUCUACACAAUGAAUCGGGAUGAAUCAGCUUUGGCCAUACUGAAGAAUCUCGGCGUGAUCGAAGUGUCCAAGAUUCCGGCUCCAUUGAAGCAGCAGGAACAGAAGGCAAUACAAGAAGAAGUAACAAAGAAAGAAGUUGCUGCUAAAGCUGGUUAACUGAUCAUGUACCAUGUACCAAAUUGUUCCAGGUAUUGAAGUUUCAAGAGUUGUUUCGUAUCCCGUCAAUUCAUUUGGUGCUGCGCACCGUUUUUUACUUUAUUAGAGCAUUAUUCUUUAGUAAGGCUAAGCUAAGCUAAGUCAUUAUGAAAACCAUAGUUAGCCACAUGUUAGGCUAUUAAGGUUGUAAUAAAUUAAUAAUCCCUAUUUCUAGUUACAGCUUGCUGUUUGUUUAGGAGGCCCAAGGUUAAAGCCCAAGAGGCAUUGGGCCUUCUUCCCUGCUUCUAUCCUGUUUCAGUGAUAAAAUUGUAUGUGUUAAUUACUAUUUUAUUAUUACUGUUUACCGCUGUUUUUACCAUAUAUGUCAUCAGUUACAAUUUUACUCUUUACACGUUGAAUCAUUGCGCUUAGGAAUAAUUUUAACUGGCGAGGGUCAAAGGGUGUGCGGCAAAGUUCGGUACGAGAGUGAACCAAGGAAUUGGAAUUCUGCAGGGUUGUUGAGGGAGUGGAAUUUCUUUUGGGUUGGUGGUGUGGGCCUGCUUACCAACCCCCGAGCACCCACUAUAGUCGCCAGUCCUCCACCUCGCCACUUGGGCGUUGGUGGCGAUCAGAUAUUUUUUUUACAAAAAUAAUCUUCAUGGAUUGAAACAAAAGAUA